UCCAGCCAGAGUGAAGAAAGUCCUGCCCAGCUGUUUGCGAACUUCGAAGGUUUCCUGUUUCCCCUGCAGUCAGGCAGGCAGGCAAGCAAGCAGGCCGGGCUGCAGCGAGCGGAGGGGCGUGAGUCACAGAGGCACGCACUCCCAGCAACAGCAGCAGCCGCCCAGCCGCCCAUCCGCCUCUGCUCCUUCGGCUGCCUCUGGCGGGGCCUCCUCGGCUGGCUGUGGUUCUCCCUGGAGCCCCCAAAGAAGCCCUGGCCGCCUCCCCUCCGCGCGCGGGCGCCCAAGGCACGGAUGUACCAUGAGCUGGCUUGCCAAGCUCGCUUUGGUGUGGACUCUGCUGCACAUCGCCACGCCCGCGCUGGCCCGGGCCACAGAUGAAGAUCAUUUAUCCAAACUGUUGAAUGGGAAAAUGAAGUUUCCAGCACUUUGCAAGUUUUGUGAUGUGAGAUUAACAAACUGCAAUAAUGAAGGCCAGUGCAAGUCUCACUGCAACCGCACAGCUAUCUGCGCAAAUAAUACUGAAGUAUGUGCAGCUGUUUGGAGAAAGAAUGAUGAAAACACAACAUUGGAAACAAUAUGUCAUGAUCCAGCACAAAAGCUCCAUGGGCAUGAAUUGACAGAUUACAAUUCAAAGGAAUGUGUAAUGUCAGAGAAGAGGGAAACUGGAGGGUUGCUGUAUAUGUGCUCCUGCGAUGAUGAGGAAUGCAAUGAUGUACUUAUUUUUUCUACAGAAAGCCCACCAGAAGACAGAUGGAAAGAUGUGAUAUCUAAAGUUGCACUAAUAAGCCUUGUUCCGUUGCUUGUGAGUGCCAUUGCUGUGAGCUUUAUCUUUUACUGCUACCGUAUUCAGAGGAGGAGGAAGCUGAACAAGGCAUGGGAGAAAAAUGUGAAAUCCAGAAAACGUAAUGACUGUAGUGAUGUGUGUGCCAUUAUGUUGGAUGAUGACCGCUCUGAUAUUAGUUCUACUUGUGCCAAUAACAUUAACCAUAAUACGGAACUAUUGCCCAUUGAACUGGAUACCCUAGUGGGCAAAGGGCGCUUUGCUGAAGUCUAUAAGGCUAAACUGAAACAGAACACAUCAGAGCAAUUUGAGACAGUGGCUGUCAAGAUAUUUUCCUAUGAAGAAUAUGCAUCCUGGAAGACCGAGAAGGAUAUAUUCUCCGAUAUAAAUCUGAAACAUGAGAACAUCCUCCAGUUCCUCACAGCAGAAGAGCGCAAGACGGAUUUAGGCAAGCAAUACUGGUUGAUCACUGCUUUCCACUCAAGGGGAAAUUUGCAGGAAUACCUCAUAAAACACAUCAUUAGCUGGGAAGAUCUCUGGAAAUUAGGUGGAUCUUUGGCUCGAGGGAUUGCCCAUCUCCACAGUGACCAUACACCCUGUGGCCGGCCCAAAACACCUAUUGUACACAGGGACCUGAAGAGCUCCAAUAUCUUAGUGAAAAAUGACUUAACCUGCUGCCUCUGUGAUUUUGGACUUUCAUUGAGGCUGGAUCCUACUCUUUCUGUAGAUGACCUAGCCAACAGUGGUCAGGUCGGCACCGCAAGAUACAUGGCUCCUGAAGUCCUGGAAUCACGAAUGAAUUUGGAUAAUGUUGAAUCCUUCAAACAGACAGAUGUGUAUUCCAUGGCCUUAGUUCUAUGGGAACUGACAUCCCGUUGCAAUGGUGUUGGAGAGGUCAAAGACUACGAGCCCCCGUUUGGUUCUAAAGUGAGAGAACAUCCUUGUGUGGAAAGCAUGAAGGACAACGUUUUGAGGGACAGAGGGCGACCAGAGAUUCCUAGCUCAUGGCUCAACCAUCAGGGCAUCCAGAAAGUUUGUGAGACCCUUGUCGAGUGCUGGGACCAUGACCCUGAAGCCCGGCUCACUGCUCAGUGCGUAGCUGAGCGGUUCAACGAUUUUGAAUACCAGGACACACUUUCAGGAAGAAGCAGCUCUGAAGAGAAGAUCCCUGAGGAGGGAUCUGUGAACAGUGCCAACUAACAACUAGCGAAGCAAUGCUUGCACGGAAGAGAAAGAGGGAAGAAAAAGGCUUCUCUUGAGGUCUUGUGUGCACAGUCCUGGAACAAGAAGAGGUCUUGAGUGUAUUUUCUGUGCACUGAAGAUCCCAUCACUCCUUCAACAUUGCAGCUCCCAUGGAAAGGAAAUGACUGUAUGAGGAAGCCGUGAUGGGCAAACUGUCAUGCCAGAGCAACAGUUCCCUUGACUGCGUCAUAGGAUGAGCUACUUUGGUGCUUUCUCAAGCAAAGGAGUUUAUACAAAAUGCCAAUCGUGUUUGCACUAUAUCAAUGCCUGUAUAUAUAUAUAUAUAUAUGGAAGAGCAAUUUUGCAUAUGUAUGUAUGUAUUAUGUAUAUAUCUAUAUCUAUAUAUACACAUAGCAAAGCUCUACAGAGAAUCUUCCAGGAAACUAAAGUUUCGAUAGGAAACUCCGUCAGUGGAUUGUUCAGAUAUCCUUUGAGAUACUGGCAGCAAAAGUGCCUUAUUCACCACAACCUGAAUCAGAAAACAGUCAAACACUACACUGUAGUAAAUGGUAUAGAUCACUGCACUACAUUUUUUGCUACUGAGGAACAGAAAAGUUCACAACUGCUGAGAGUUUGAGUUGUAUUUAAGAACUUGAACAAAGUUGGUUUCUGGGACUACAGCUACCAAAAUCUCCCAAUACCAUAGCCAUGGAAAAGUCAUUUUUUUCUAAAUUCUGGCCAUACUAAAGUUUUUAUGUACACAAAGAAACAUCUAUGCAAUUUUUGUUCAGCUGAUUCCUGAAUAUAUUACAAUUUGUAGAUUCAGGGAAUCACUUCUGGAUUGAAAUAUAUUUUAACAUGUCUAAUUCUGCAUAGAAUUCCAAAUAGUAUGUCAUUUCUUUUUCUUCCAUAUCUGUGCAAAGGACCAUUAGUUUUCCCGUUCCUUCCUUUGCACUUGAACUUUAUGUGAGUAGUCUGCAUGGGGGGUGGGGGAAGAAAAGAGAGCGAGAGAGAGAAAGAAGCAAGGCUUUUUCCAGCCCCCUGCCUUAUGAAAUCGGGCUGGGCCAACUAUAAUUGAAACAGAUGUUUUACAUUUGCUGUGCAUUCUGACAAAAAAUUGGACUUCUCUCCCCUCCCACCCUCCUUUCUGGGAUUUGGUAACAUCAUGUCUAGUUUCUUGAGCCCUUAAGUUCACACUUGAUUUCAUGCCCAGUAUGAAAGGAGGGAACAGCACACCAAUAUCUUCCGGAGUGUCUGGAUUUCUGUGAUGCUGCAGAAACGCCAAGGCAAGCCUUGUUUUUGGUCGUCCUUUUCGUGCGCGUUGUAGCCGAACCCUGGCUGCUCCUCCUUCAGAGCUGCUGGCAAUACAAGCACAUUCCUAAACUGAUCCCCACAGGCAUGGCUUACAUUCUUUGAGUCUUCCAAAAUAUUUAGAUUCAGAGCUGGCCUCUUGAGGAAUUUUAAAUGAUGGGAUUUCAAACAGUGAGUGUUUUCUUCCUAGAUCAUUGGGGUGCUCAAUUUAUCUCGGUUUUGUGCUGGGCUCAGAAAAGUUUCCUUUGGGACAACUAUUCCCAGAAUUCCCCAGCCAAUAGCCACUUACCAUGCUGCCUGGAAGAUUCUGAGUUACCAAAAAAGGUCAUUUUCCACCCUCUAAAUCAGUUCAAAUCUGGUUUUACGUGCCUUCCUUUUGUUUCAGAGUAGAGAUCAAGAAUUUGUUGCCAACACUCAAUUAAAUCAGUCUGCAUGAGAUAACCCUUCAUGUGCAAUUCUCCCCCAAAGAACCUCUUGCUUUGUGUACCCAAUAGGGAUAAGAAAAAGUAUAUUCACAUAGGAGUUAAAAUUUUAUGAUGGAAAUAUUUAUUUUUAAAAAAAGCUUUUGUGUCUGUUUUUAUAUUAAAAAUUUCUAGAAAUAUUUAAGCAUUAAGUGGGCAAAAGCCCUUGAAAAUGGAAUCCAGAUUUAAUUGCAGUGGGCUAUGUACUGAACUGUGGAGCUACUGGCAAGACGGGUUUAUACUGGAUUGAAAUGUUGCUAAACUGAGGUGAGAUCUACUGACCUCUAGUGUUGGUUUCACAGGGUAGCGCCCUGGAAAUCAACUGCAUAAGGAAGAAAAAAAGGGAGCUUCAAUCCAAACUGGAACAUAGUGUGCUUUUCUGCUUCAAAUCUAAACCACUAUUUUCAAAACAGGUUGAAACAUUGUGACCCAAAUGCAAAUGCUAGCUUCAGUGAAUCAAUGGGAUUUUCAUAGGUCUUGACUAAAUGUUAAGCAAUGGGUUUUCUCUAGGUAAGACCAGCACUUUGAUUUGGGUUAUCCCUCUGCCCAGACCCAUUGUCAUUUCACUGCCACAACUCUUAGUUAGAAAAGAUUCCUUGGAUUUCUGGACAACCAUGAAAACAUCGUUCAUCCAGAUUUUAGAGGAAGAUUGGGCAUACGCACACAGAAAAAUUCAGAGCUGAGCACGCUACUUGUUUUUAACUAGAGCUGCCCAGAAACAUCUGGAUAAAAAAAACACCAUAGGUGCCUACUUAUUAAGGCAAGUCUUUUACCGUUAUAUCUUACCACAGAGGCACCAGCCUUGAGAAGCAACAUGCUGGAUUUGGUGGACCUUGGCAGUGGUCGAUUGCACUUUGCUUGGCCCAUGACAUUAUUUUGCUUGAGGCAAAGGAACGAUGUCCCCUCCUCAAUUCUAUGAAUAGGAAGAUCAAGUGAAGCCAUAUGUUAGGAAAGAGUAUCAAUAUAGGGACAGAGAAAUGUAUAACAGUGUUCUGUCUUUCAGGAGUGAGAAUGCCUUUGAGGUCAGGGGGAUCCGCUAUGGCAGUGGUUUUCAACCUGUGGGUCCCCAGGUGUUUUGGCCUACAACUCCAGUUUACCAGCUCUUAGGAUUUCUGGGAGUUGAAGGCCAAAACAUCUGGGGAACCACUGGUUGAGAACCACUGCACUAUGCAGAUGUCACAGCUGCUUCUCAGCAGCUGCCACUAGAGGCAGUCUUGUUACUCUAAGCCUAGGCCUUCAACUUUUGACCUGAUCUAUCAGGACUCAUGUUUUGUUCUCAUGAGAGUCAAAUUAGCUUGAUGCUGGUUAUAUUUACAGUGUAGAUUCACUGUGGUUCUCCACUCAAAAGCAGUGUUGUUUUUGAUAUUUUUCAUGCAUUGCCAAAGAUGAAGAGACAGAGCAUCCAGUAGCUCCUGGCAACUCUUUAACUUUUUGUACUAUUUCAUGUAAAGGGAUUUUUAAAAAUACUUCCAUGGAACACCUCCAUGGUACAACAUGUAUGAAAAUAGGAAUGUGAACAUAUAUAAUCAUGUUUAUAAAAUGUUUCAAGCACUUACCAUAUUUUUGUAUAAAUAAAAUGUUUUAGAUUA